AUGCAAGGCUCUUCUUGUACAACUCCACCUGUUUCUCGUUGUCCAGAUUCGUGGACAACGAAACCAAAUCAAAACCGAGGAGGAGGAAGCAGGGAGGAUCUGCACGUCAGAUCGGAGCCGUGGAGGCGGCCUGCAACCAGCAAUCCGUGGAAUCUGGCAGAAGGCCGGCGCGGAGUGGACGAAAGGCGUCGCGAUGACGACGUGGAGAUGGAUGCCGCGAGCGAGCGGGGUGACGAGGAAGACGGGGAAGAGCCCCAGCUUACUCGAGGUAUCGGAAGGCACGGCGUCGCCGAGGACGAUGGAUCCCCCACUGCGCGGGGCGAAGGAAGGCGCGACGUCGCCAACGACGAGGAAUUCCCCACUGCGCGGGGCGGAGGAAGGCGCGACGUCGCCGACGACGAGGAAUUCCCCACUGCGCGGGGCGGAGGAAGGCGCGACGUCGCCGACGACGAGGAAUUCCCCACUGCGCGGGGCGGAGGAAGGCGCGACGUCGCCGACGACGAGGAAUCCCCCACUGCGCGGGGCGGCGGAAGGCGCGACGUCGCCGACGACGAGGAAUCCCCCACUGCGCGGGGCGGAGGAAGGCGCGACGUCGCCGACGACGAGGAAUCCCCCACUGCGCGGGGUGGCGGAAGUCGCGACGUCGCCGACGACAGAGGACUCCCCACUGCGCGGGGCGGUGCAGGGAGAGGCGACGUCGACGGAAAAGGGAAGGCAAGGGCGAAGGAGACCGAGGGGCGCCGGCAGGUGUCUUCCGCUCGCCUGAACCAAGGCCAGAAUAUGAUCGCAGACGGCGCAUGGCGAUGGGCGAAGGUCGGCAGACGGAUCGGGAGAAUCGAGAAGAAAAGCCGGACUACGUGGGGCGGCGCCAGCGAAGCCCGCCUGAGUGGGAGCGGAGGCGCGAUGGAGAAGGGCGAGACAGGGACCGGGGAAGGCGAUCGCCGGACGGUUCCAGAGCGGAAGGAGGAGGCCGGCAGCGAGGGGAGCAAGAGCAGCAUCACCAGGAGCGUUCACCUGCGGGAAGAGAGAGGCGGCAGGAUGAACAGGAGAGGCGCUGGGCAGGCCGUGAGGACAACCUGA